AUGCAGGAGAAUGGUGGCCCUGGAAAUGUGAAUGAUAGUGUGAAUAAUGAGGUUCCGGAGCGUGUUAACCAUCCAUCGGACUUGGCUGGGCACAAAAGCGAGUUGGGCCCUAGCCGUGAGGGCAAUGGCGUUGAGCAUAAGGCCGAACGACGGGAUGACAAAGCUCUACAAAGAAGCCGAACUCUUCCCCACAGAAUACUGUCUCGGCAGACUUCCAGCCAAUCAUUUAUGGUGCGACAGCUGGAAAGUCUUCGCGCUCCGUCCUUGAGCCGCGUCGCCUUAUCCGGUGCCCCCAGUGACAUCCCGGACGUGGGACUGAUGCUGCCUCACGUAGAUUUGGACGUGAAAACCGAGGAGGCCAAGAUGCUGUGUAUUCCAGGAACGAGAUGGCAUAUGCUUCUGGUGGUCCUUGCUUGCAGUAUUGCGUUUGGACCCUCCUUUUCUCGCUCCAUCUUGAGCGCAGUGAGUGCGGACGUGAUGCUUGCCUUUGGCAUGACGAAAGCCACCUACGGAGCUCUGUCAGGUCUACCGGCUAUUCCCAACAUCUUUGCCUCCCCCAUUGGUGGUGCCAUUGUCGACCGGUUGGGCGCGGAUAAGAGUUGCGUCCUCUAUUCGGGUAUCACCGUCUUGGGCAGCAUAUGCCUGUCGACGGCCGUCUACAUCCGUUCCGUCCAUCUGCUCGCCGCCGCCCAGAUCCUUCUCGGGAUCGGGAGGGGUACGCUGGUCAUUGCUCAGAAGGUGUUUCUCAAGCUGGCGGCGGACCCGAAGGAGACCUCCUUCCUCUUCGCCCUCUCCUUCUCCAUCUCCCACGCUGGAAUGUUCAUGGCCUUCUUCCUCUCCCCCCUGAUCGAGGACAACAGCCCCUAUGGGUACCUGGCGAGCGUGUGGGCCAGCACAGGCAUCACCGUGCUCUCCUUUCUCUGCACGAUCCCCCUCCUGGGCAAGCUCAGACACAUCCUCCCCUUGCUGAGGGCCGAGGAGCAGGAGUCUUUCUUGGCGGACGAGGAGGAGGAGGAGGAGGACGGGAAAGCGGGAGAAGCAGAGGAAGGGGGGGGCGGCCCGACGGCGUCCUCGAGGUGGGGCAGGCGAGAGGAAGGCUCGUGGGUGGAGCUGGUCGGCGCGGGCACCUUGCAACGGGUCAUGAACGCGAGCAGAAGACAGGCGGGGGGCGCCUCCAUGAGCGAUCUGGCCAACCACCCGAUCCCCUCCCCCUCCUGCUGGCAGACGGCCUAUCAGUACUUCGAGGACCUGAUCUCCAUCCCCUUCUUCCUCCUGGUCCUCUGCAUCGUCUGCUACUACAUGGCCUUCGUCCCCCUGGAGACCUUCGCCGUCGACUACCUCAAGUCCGACCUGGGCUACAAGGCCUCCACUGCCUCGCUCGGGGCCUCCCUGGUCAUGCUUGGCUCCGUCUUCCUCGGACCUUUUUUCGGCCUCCGCGUGGACAUCGAGCUCUGGAAGAAGGGCGUGCCCGGGCAAUGGACGCGCCGUUUGUGUCCGCCGGGGGCGACGCAGGCGUGGGCUAUGUUCCUGACCGGGACGGGCAUCCUCACCGUCACGCUCGCUCCCACCAAGUGGCCGUGGGGCUUCGCCUUGGUCAGCAUCGGGUAUGCCAUGGCUUGCGCUGCACUCUGGUCGUCGGUGCCGGAGGUGGUGAAAGCCCGGUCCCUGGGGCUGGCCUUCGGGGUGAUCCACGCCGUGAUGGACGUCAUGAUCAUGGUCACCGAGGUGGUGAUAGGCCGGCUCUUGGAUACCGGGCACACCUAUGAAUCCGCCGUGUGGCCCAUGUUGGUCGGCUUCACGACGGCGGGUUUCCUCGCCACGCUCGCGCUGAUGCAUGUGUUGAUGAAGCAAGUCAAAUUGAACGCGGUCAUUGCGGCUAUGACGGAUAACGAAAAUUAG